AUGGAGCCAGAUGCACUUCUUCACACCCCAUCGCAGCCCUAUCCAACUCUCGUCGCAGAGGUUGGAUGGAGCGGCUCAUACGACGACCUCCUGGAUGACAUGAAUCACUUGCUGAUUGGUAGCGACGGCGCGAUCAAAAUCGGCAUGCUUGUUAAGUGGACAAAGCAUGCAAACAACUCGGUCAGCGGUGUCCUCGAACUUUACAAAAACGAUCGACAGGAAACCCCAAGACGUAUACAGACUGAGAUCAUCUUCCCCAUGCCUAAUGGUGACCCGCCUCAGCAACUUGAUAUUCGACGUUCCGAUCUAUACCCCGUUCAGUCUCCUCGCAAUCCAGACGAGAACUUUCCGCUCGUGGUAAGUCGCUUACGCUAUCAUGCCCGAAUCAGCUUGGAAAAAGAGGGAUACGUGCCUGCCUAG